GCGCGGCUCGCAGGUCCAUUGGACCACGGCUAGUGUUGAGAAUGACAUUAGGAGCAGAAAUUACUAGCCAGCUCAGGGCUUCUUCAUACAUAGCAUCAGGACGAAAUCUUUUGAGAUGGGACCUGUCACCAGAGGAAAUUAGAACAAGAGCAGAAGAACUAAUCAGGAAGACAAAGCAUGUGUAUGACACUGUCGGGAUGCUUGAAACUGAAGAAGUAACACUCGAAAAUACUGUACAGGCUUUGGCAGAUAUAGAAGUGGAAUAUGCAGUGGAAAGAAGCAUGUUGGAUUUUCCCCAGCACGUCUCCCCUGACAAAGAGAUACGCUUAGCAAGUACAGAAGCUGACAAAAAACUGUCAAAUUUUGAUGUGGAGAUGAGCAUGAGAGAAGACGUAUUUCAGAAGAUUGUUUAUUUACAGCAAACCUGUGAUCUUGAAAAUGUAAAGCCUGAAACUAAGCGCUAUCUAGAGAAAUCUGUUCAAGUCGGGAGAAGAAACGGACUCCAUCUUCCUAAAGAAGUGCAGAAAGAAAUAAAGACAAUGAAGAAAAAAUUGAAUGAACUGUGUAUAGACUUUAACAAAAACCUGAAUGAGGAAAACACAUUUCUCAUAUUCUCUAAGGAAGAGCUUGAUGGCCUUCCUGAUGACUUUAUUAACAGUUUAGAAAAAACUGAGAAAAACAAAUAUAAAGUUACCUUAAAGUAUCCCCACUAUUUUCCUGUUAUGAAGAAGUGCUGCAUUUCAGAAACCAGGAGAAAAAUGGAAUCUGCCUUUAACUCGAGAUGCAAAGAGGAGAACACAAAAAUUCUGCAGCAGUUGCUUCCACUAAGGGCAAAAGUAGCUGAACUUCUUGGUUAUAAUACACAUGCCAACUUUGUCCUGGAGGUGAACACUGCCAAGAGCACAGAUAACGUAACAACCUUCUUAGAUGAUUUGAGUAAAAAGCUAACGCCUUUGGUUGAGGAAGAAAGACAAUUCAUUCUAGAUCUGAAGAAGAAGGAAUGUAGAGAAAGAAACUUUGAUUAUGAUGGAAGAAUCAAUGCAUGGGAUCUUCAUUAUUAUAUGAGCAAAACUGAAGAGCUGAAGUACUCCAUAGAUCAAGAAAAACUGAAGGAAUACUUCCCAAUUGAGGCUGUUACAGAAGGCUUACUGAAUAUUUACCAGAAGCUGCUAGGACUUGAAUUUGAGCAAAUAGAAAGCGCUCAUGUUUGGCACGACAGUGUUACUCUUUAUACAGUAAAGGAUAAAUCAACCGGAGAAAUGCUAGGACAGUUCUAUUUAGAUCUUUACCCCAGAGAGGGAAAGUAUGGGCAUGCAGCGUGCUUUGGUCUACAACCCGGCUGUCUCCUGUCUGAUGGCAGCAGAUUGAUGUCUGUAGCUGCUCUGGUCACCAACUUCACAAAGCCAGCAUCAGAUCAUCCCUCCUUACUGCGACAUGAUGAAGUGAAGACUUACUUCCAUGAAUUUGGUCACGUAAUGCAUCAGAUAUGUGCACAGACUGAUUUUGCAAGGUUUAGUGGAACUAAUGUGGAAACAGAUUUUGUGGAGGUACCUUCACAAAUGUUUGAGAACUGGGUGUGGGAAAAAGAACCACUACAGCAGAUGUCAAGACAUUAUAAAGAUGCAACCCAUGUUGGAGACACUCUCCUGGAGAAACUUGCUGCCUCUAGACUUGCUAAUACAGGCCUUCUAACUCUCCGUCAGAUUGUUUUAAGCAAAGUUGACCAGGCACUGCAUACAAGGCUGUCUGUUGACCCAGCAGAUGAAUAUGCUAAAUACUGUAUGGAGAUUCUAGGAAUUCCUGCCACCCCAGGAACAAACAUGCCAGCUACUUUUGGACAUUUAGCAGGUGGUUAUGAUGGUCAAUACUAUGGAUAUCUGUGGAGUGAAGUGUUUUCCAUGGAUAUCUUCUAUAGCUGCUUUAAGCAAGAAGGAAUAAUGAAUCCAAAGGCUGGGAUGAAAUACAGAAACCUCAUUUUGAAACCUGGAGGAUCUUUGGAUGGAAUGGAUAUGCUACAAAAUUUCUUGGAGCGUAAACCAAGCCAGAGAGCUUUCCUAUUGAGUAAGGGAUUAUGUGUUCAGUAAAGUUCUGAUUCUUUUGUAAUGGCAUAUAAGUAUGGAAUGAGCUGGAAAUGUAGUGUAUUUCACAUUUUAACUAUGUAUCACUCUAGGGAAACUGGGUCAUUUUUUGAUGAUUUUUUAAAUUGUAUAGAUAAAAAUGUGACUUUUAAAACAAAAUUUCAUAGGACUACAAAAUUCAAUGCAUCAGGGAAAAAAUUCUGAGAUGCGCAGAAGCUGAGGAAUUUGGAUGGUAAUUCUUAAAAAUUGUUAUGAAAUAAUACUAAUUAAUACUAAUCAAUAUGAGGAGUUAAUGCCAUGUUUCUCUUUUAAGAGAUGCACUUAAAUUGUGUCUUGUGAAUUAAUUUUAAAACUGAAGGGGAUAAAAAGAAUACAACCAGCAAUAAAUGAAACAGAUUCAUUCUUAUUCUCUAUUGUAUUGAUAGCUUACCAGUGUCUCUGAUGGAUAGGAAGUGUGUUUGAUUUUGUCACUGUUUUAAUUCAGUCCAGCUACCUGAUAAAUUUCAAGACGGAGAAGCUGCCCCAGAUGCCUCUGCAGCAGAGAUGUUUGUGUGAUACUUUUAGACCUAAUUCUGAUACAUGUUAAAUUUUUGUACCAUUUAUAUACUUACAUAGUAUAAUUAAAAAGGGAAAAAUCAGCCAAAA